GGGAGCAUCCCCCGCAGCCCCAGCACCGAAAGGUCCCGCUCCAGCGAGUCCCGACACCAAACCGCACCCUUCGCACCGCUUUUAGCUUCAAAGUGAAGAAAAACCCAUUUCAAUGAUGUCAACAGAAUGUGUUCAGCCACUUGAUAUCCCAGAAGACAGACUGGACAAGCGAGAUUCACACUGUAACCAUUUAGAAGAUCUUUCGGAGCAGCUGAUUAAGAGCUGUGACCUAAAAAAGAAACCAAGAAAAGGUAAAACCAUCCCAGCCUCCCAAAACACUGACCAAGAGCAAAAAAAGCCAAGGAGAAAAGAUACACCGGCUUGGCACACCCCACCACCUCUAACAGGCAUACUUUCAGAUUUUUCUGAUAAUCUGCUGAAGAGAUAUGGCAUCACAGAGAGGCCACAGAGAGAGAGAGUGAGCCCAGGCUCCCAGAUCACUGACAUGGAGCAGAAAAAGCCCAGGAGAAAGGAUACACCUGCAAUACACAUCCCACCCUUAAUAAUAGGCACUAAGCUGCUUACAGAAGAAAAGCAAACAGUGAUUAUGGAAGAUGAAGAAAAGGAUGGAGACACAAUCCCCAGUUAAGAUCACACAGCAAUGUUUUCAAUAAUGCAGUGUAAAUAAUUCUGGGUCAUUCAAAGUGGCAGCAAAAAGGGAGGAAAAAAAGCCAUUCAUUUUUAUAAAUAAGGUUUUCAAGCAUGCACUUGAAUUCAAUUUAUCUUCAAGUGCUUAUCUCCAUCUCAUGAAAUUUCAGCAAGCAUCCUAGGAGAUGAAGACAGAAAUUCACUUACAUAUUGGGUUGGAAGGAUUCUCUUAGUUUACUAAAAGCAGUUUCCCAGGAUUUUUCCCAGGUCAACAAGGAAUCCACCCCAAAUCGGAUCUACUUCUGGGCAGCAUGGUGAUAAGGGUUAACAGAAAGGACACCACCAAUCCACUGUACCUGGCACUAAAUACCAGAGCAAUUGGUAGCACAGAGCAGUAAAACAUCAACUGAUUAUUCAAGUUGCAUUUUUCUCCUGACAUUUCACAUCAUUUCUCCAGCUUUCCUCUGCUGGAGUAACACUGAGCACAGUGGAAAUUCUCAAGUGCAAAGCUGAUAGAGAAGGUGGGAGAACAGAAACCAACUCUACGAGUCCCUGAAAUUCAAAGUCAACACU